CCGCAAAUAUAUACAAAAAAAAAAAAAAGAAAGAAAGAAAAAAAAAGAGCUGAGAGUGUUUUUCAUUUCAUCAAAGAACAUAUAUUACUUUAGCGGCUUGGUUUAAAAAAAAAUGUUGGUUUUCUGCCCACCCCUUUUCAAUCUGCCGGUGUUGGAGGUGCUCGGAGAAGACGCACAAUCGCGAGCAGCUUACGACACUCAGUGAGCAGUCGGUGCCGGUGCAGGCUCGCGCACACUCCUCGGAGGAGGGAAGGAGCCGGGCGCUGCUCUGGGCUCCGCAAAGCAUGAGCCGGCCAGGUUUCCGCAGCUGCCCCGGACACGAAUGGCAGGCGUUCUCCAACCAGGACUCCAAGGUGGCUGCGAUUCGCGGUGGUCAUUGCCGAUGACAUUCUCCAGACUGUCAAAUCCUGGGGAGUCUCGAGCCCCGAGUUUGGAGUUGAUUUUUUCCCUCAACCCCCCAACCACGUCACAGUCUCAACUGCAGAGGAAAAAAAAGGGGGACCGAGGCAGGAAGGCGAGAAGCCCGGGCUCCCGGCACGUAGUUGGGAAACUUGCGGGUCCUAGAAGUCGCCUCCCCGCCUCGCCGACCGCCCCUGCAGCCCCGGAGCGCAGCAGCAAAGUGAGACAUUGUGCGUCUGCCAGAUCCUCGGGCCGCGGAGCAGGGCUGCCUCGGGAAACACAGAGGGGUCUUCUCUCGCCCUGCAUAUAAUUAGCCUACACACAAAGGGAGCAGCUGAAUGGAGGUUGUCACUCGCUGGAAAAGGGUGGAUUUCUGACCCAUCGCUUCCAAUGGACAUUCUCCAGUCUCUCUGGAAAGAUUCUCGCUAAUGGAUUUCCUGCUACUCGGCCUCUGUCUACACUGGCUGCUGAGGAGGCCCUCGGGGGUGGUCUUGUGUCUGCUGGGGGCCUGCUUUCAGAUGCUGCCCGCCGCCCCCAGCGGAUGCCCGGGGCAGUGUCGGUGCGAGGGGCGUCUGCUGUACUGCGAGGCGCUCAACCUGACCGAGGCGCCCCACAACCUGUCCGGCCUGCUGGGCUUGUCUUUGCGCUACAACAGCCUCUCGGAGCUGCGCGCCGGCCAGUUCACAGGGUUAAUGCAGCUCACGUGGCUGUAUUUGGAUCACAAUCACAUCUGCUCGGUGCAGGGGGACGCCUUUCAGAAACUGCGCCGAGUUAAGGAACUCACGCUGAGUUCCAACCAGAUCACCGAACUGGCCAACACCACCUUUCGGCCCAUGCCCAACCUGCGCAGCGUGGACCUGUCCUAUAACAAGCUGCAGGCGCUAGCUCCGGAUCUCUUCCACGGGCUGCGGAAGCUCACCACCCUGCACAUGCGGGCCAAUGCCAUCCAGUUCGUGCCGGUGCGCAUCUUUCAGGACUGCCGCAGCCUCAAGUUUCUCGACAUUGGAUACAAUCAGCUGAAGAGUCUGGCGCGCAACUCUUUCGCCGGCUUGUUCAAGCUCACAGAGCUACACCUGGAGCAUAACGACUUGAUCAAGGUGAACUUCGCCCAUUUCCCGCGCCUCAUCUCCCUGCACUCGCUCUGCCUGAGGCGGAAUAAGGUUGCCAUUGUGGUCAGCUCUCUCGACUGGGUUUGGAAUUUGGAGAAAAUGGACUUGUCUGGGAACGAGAUAGAAUAUAUGGAGCCCCAUGUGUUCGAAACCGUGCCGUACCUGCAGUCCCUGCAACUGGACUCCAACCGCCUCACCUACAUUGAGCCCCGUAUCCUCAACUCCUGGAAGUCCCUUACAAGCAUCACUCUGGCCGGGAACCUGUGGGACUGCGGGCGCAACGUGUGUGCCCUAGCUUCCUGGCUCAGCAACUUCCAGGGACGUUACGAUGCUAACUUGCAGUGCGCCAGCCCGGAGUACGCACAGGGCGAGGACGUCUUGGAUGCAGUGUAUGCUUUCCACCUGUGCGAGGAUGGGGCCGAGCCCACCAGCGGCCACCUCCUGUCGGCGGCCGUCACUAACCGCAGUGACCUAGCGCCCCCUGAGAGCUCAGCCACGACUCUGGUGGACGGUGGGGAGGGGCUGCACGAUGGCACGCUUGAGCCCAUCACUGUGGCUCUUCCCGGAGGCGAGCACGCAGAGAACGCUGUGCAAAUCCACAAGGUGGUCACAGGCACGAUGGCUCUCAUCUUCUCCUUCCUCAUCGUGGUCCUCGUACUCUACGUAUCCUGGAAGUGUUUCCCAGCCAGCCUCAGGCAGCUCAGACAGUGCUUUGUCACGCAGCGCAGGAAGCAGAAGCAGAAACAGACCAUGCAUCAGAUGGCUGCUAUGUCUGCCCAGGAAUACUAUGUUGAUUACAAACCUAAUCACAUCGAGGGGGCCCUGGUUAUCAUCAACGAGUAUGGCUCGUGUACCUGUCACCAGCAACCUGCGAGGGAAUGCGAGGUGUGAUUGUCCCUGAGGCUCCCAACCCAUGCACUACCAAAUACGCCUGGGCAGCCGGGCGGGCCAGCGGGCACCAGGACUGGUCUCCUCUGCGCUCUGAUUUGUUGACUGAAACUGUAAGGGGAUCUUUCCCAGAGACUUGACAUUUUAGCUUUAUGUGUCUUAAAAACAAACAAACAAAAAUCCCGAAAUAAAACACAACAAAAACCCCACCCCAUAAUCUUCAGGACAGUCUGUCUUAAAUUUCAUAUGAGAACUUCUUCCUCCCUUUGAAGAUCUGUCCAUAUUCAGGAAUCUGAGAGUGUUAAAAAAAAGGUACCAAUCAUUGAUUUUUUUUUGUAAACUAAAACGUUUAAAAUAAAAUAGCAUUUACAGUUUCUACAGA